AAAAAACAGUUUUUAAUUUUAUUCAACCGAUAUUUUUUAUAAAAAAAUGGUUUCAAAAUAUUCUAAUAAAUCUCAGUCAAAAUAUAAUAUUUUUAAGAACCCUAAGGACUCUAGUAUAUCUCGUUUAAAUAUCAGAAAAAAGAAGGGAAAAAAACAGAUUAUUAAUGAAAAAUUUAUGAAAAAGCUAGAUGAUAUGACAUUAGAUUUAUAUACAACAAAUUUAAUGAAAAAUUCUAACACUUUACAAAAUAUAAAAAAAGAAACAAAAAAACUGUCUGAUAUUAAAACAUCAUAUUUAGACAUGUUAGCACAAGUUGAAAAUAACAUAAAUGGACUCCAAGUAGAAAAAUAGUGGUUUUAAAGAAAUAUUUGACAUAUAUAUUAUUUAAAUAAUAU